AUGGCUGAGCCUGGCUACUGCCGCCUGGGGGGUUCCUCGUCUCCCUUAAAAAAAGGCUACGAGAGCGGCGGGGGUAUAUGGGUAUCCCGCGCAGUGUCGUUCGGCCUAGAGGAGGAGCAGCAGCUGCAGCAGCAGCAGCAACGGCGCCGUUCCUUCUACACGCCCCCUCCCCCUUGUCCUCCGACGGUUGUUGUACCCCUUAAAACAAACUUCUAUGAGCCCUGGGGCUUCUCAGGACCUCCGGGCACCCCGGAGGAGCUAAGGGCUGCCAGCGCCGACAAGCGCCCAAAGCAGUACAAAACCGUCUUCGACAGGCUCACUAACUCGGCCUUUUACACGGGAGUACACAGGGAGCGCUUCGACGAGUUGGGCAACGGCCGCGGGUUGGCGGGCCGCGAGUAUUUGUAUGCGCACGACGGCAUGACUGAAAGUCCCUCGAGGACUCAUGAAGUUUAUUCUUCAGUGAUUCGGAGGCCGAGAAGGGCGACGGUGACUCCCGGAACUCUCGGGGUGCAGCGCUUUGGGCUGCAGACUUCUCCGCCGCGUUUGCUGUGGCUCUUCCGCAAUGGCGACAAGCACCACGAUGGCACUCCCUUCUUUGUCAAGUCCCACAUCAAGACUCUCGAGGCUCUUUACCAAGAGCUCACCAAAGUCAUCACCCCCAUUGCGGGCCCUGUCCGGCGACUCUACGACCAAAAUCUGCGUCUGGUGGUCGACUUGGCAGAUCUUGUCGAUGGAGCCAAGUACUUGUGCACUUCAGGGGAGCCCCCGUCCUGCGCCGAACGGCUGCAGAAGUUUUUGAGUGAAUGGGUCGUUCAAAAGCCGCACACCAAAGUGUGGAGCGAGUUCUUCGUCGUGUAG